UUGUAGGAUUUGACAGGAGCUUUGACCUGUGCUGAAGGAGCCCGUUAACCUGCUGCUGAACAAGUGGAUUUGCAAAAUGAAGAUCGCAGCGUAGACGUGUGUACUUCUACCUGGGCCACGCAGGAGCUUUUUACUUGACCAAACGCCGGAGACUAAUAAGUGCUGCACGCGAAACUCCAAAAUGUCCAAUUUCAGCGCGGGUAGGAAAUGACGGAUAUGCAACCGAUCGAACCGAUGGCACACACGGGCUUAGAAUAAAUCCUUUUUGGCGAAUGACACUUUAUAGGCAAACCUAGGUAGGGGUUGACCGACGGAGAGAGACACGCGGAAGUGCGGACAUGGCUGACAGGACUGCUCCCAAUUGCCACCUGAGACUGGAGUGGGUGUAUGGAUACCGGGGACAUCAGUGCCGCAACAACCUGUACUACACCGCUGCAAAGGAAAUCGUCUAUUUUGUGGCCGGUGUGGGAGUUGUGUACAACACCAGGGAGCACAAGCAAAAAUUCUUCCUGGGACACAACGACGACAUUAUCAGUUUGGCUCUUCACCCAGAGCGCGUCCUGGUGGCCACGGGACAGGUGGGCAAGGAGCCGUACAUCUGUGUGUGGGAUUCCUACACUGUGCAGACUGUGUCCAUUCUGAAAGACGUGCACACGCAUGGGAUCGCCUGCCUCGCCUUUGACUUGGAGGGACAGUGCUUGGUGUCUGUGGGCCUGGACUCAAAAAACACAAUCUGCGUGUGGGACUGGAGAAGAGGGAGGGUCCUGGCAGCCGCCCCUGGUCACACAGACAGGAUAUUUGACAUAUCGUGGGAUUUGUACCAGCCAAGCAAACUGGUGAGCUGUGGUGUCAAACAUAUAAAGUUUUGGAGCUUAUGCGGUAAUGCGCUCACGCCCAAACGCGGCGUCUUUGGCAAAACGGGAGACCUGCAGACCAUCCUGUGUCUGGCCUGCGCGAAGGACGAGAUCACAUACUCCGGUGCCUUGAAUGGGGACAUCUACGUGUGGAAAGGGAUCAAUCUGAUGAGGACAGUACAGGGGGCACACGGGUCAGGGAUUUUCAGCAUGAAUGCCUGUGAAGAGGGCUUUGCCACUGGGGGCAGAGAUGGAUGUGUCCGGCUAUGGGAUCUCAACUUCAAACCAAUUACUGUCAUUGAUCUCAGGGAAACUGACCAAGGGUAUAAAGGGCUGUCCGUGCGCAGCGUGUGUUGGCGAGGGGACCACAUUCUCGUCGGCACCCAGGACAGUGAGAUCUUCGAGAUAGUGGUCCAUGAUCGCAACAAGCCCUUUCUCAUCAUGCAGGGUCACUGUGAGGGCGAGCUGUGGGCGUUGGCUGUGCACCCCACCAAACCCUUAGCAAUGACAGGGAGUGAUGAUCGCUCUGUCAGAAUAUGGAGCCUGAUUGACCACGCACUAAUAGCCCGCUGCAACAUGGAGGAGCCCAUCCGCUGCGCAGCUGUGAGCACUGACGGCAUCCAUUUGGCUCUGGGAAUGAAAGAUGGCUCCUUCACCGUCCUCCGAGUCAGAGACAUGACAGAAGUGGUCCACAUCAAGGACAGGAAAGAGGCGAUUCACGAGCUUAAAUACUCCCCCGAUGGGACGCAUUUGGCGGUGGGAUCCAAUGAUAACUCUGUGGACAUCUACGGCGUGGUGCAGAGAUAUAAAAAAGUGGGCGAGUGUAUUGGCUCCAACAGCUUUAUUACGCAUAUGGACUGGUCGACGGACAGCAAGUACUUACAGACCAAUGACGGCAGUGGGAGGAGACUUUUCUACAGGAUGCCAAGUGGCAAGGAGGUGAGCAACAGAGAGGAGCUGAAGCUGGUGCAGUGGGCGUCAUGGACGUGUGUGCUAGGGCCUGAAGUCAACGGAAUAUGGCCCAAGUAUUGUGACAUAAAUGACAUUAACUCCGUAGAUGCCAACUUUAGCAAUCAAGUCUUAGUCACGGCGGACGAUUAUGGACUGGUCAAACUUUUAAGAUAUCCAUGUAUCAAAAAAGGUGCAAAAUGUAAAAAAUAUUUAGGUCAUUCAGCGCACAUAACCAAUGCAAGAUGGUCACAUGAUUACCAGUGGGUCAUAACGAUUGGAGGUGCGGACCAUUCUGUGUUUCAAUGGAAGUUUAUUCCUGAAAGAAAGACAAAAGAGGCUCUACAUAUAGCACCUCAAGAGACCUUGGCCGACUCCAAUAGCGAGGAGUCAGAUUCAGACCAGUCCGAUGUUCCAGAAAUGGACUCCGAAAUUGAACAGGAAACCCAACUCACUUACCGGAGACAGGUUUAUAAAGAAGAUCUACCUCAGCUCAAAGAGCAAUCCAAAGAGAAGCAACGAGCGCUGCCAAUGAAAAAGCGAGAGAGGGCACCGGGCAGUGGAGUGAAGCUACACUUUAUUCAUGGUUACAGAGGCUAUGAUUGUCGGAGUAACCUGUUUUACACCCAGACUGGAGAGAUAGUUUACCACGUAGCGGCUGUCGGGGUAGUAUACAAUCGCCAGCAGAACACCCAGCGCUUUUACAUGGGCCACAAUGAUGACAUCCUCUGCCUGGCCAUCCAUCCUCUCAAAGACUUUGUAGCUACAGGACAGGUUGGUAGAGAUUCCUCAAUCCAUAUAUGGGACACAGAAACGUUGAAAGCUCUGUCGGUGCUAAAGGGUUUCCACCAGAUUGGAGUGUGUGCCUUGGACUUUUCAGCGGAUGGCAAGAGGCUGGCUUCAGUGGGGCUGGAUGACAAUCACACUAUUGUGCUGUGGGACUGGAGGAAGGGGGAAAAGCUGUCUGCCAUGAGAGGAAGUAAGGACAAGAUAUUUGUUGUGAAAAUAAAUCCCUACCUUCCUGACAAACUCAUCACUGCUGGCGUGAAGCAUAUCAAAUUUUGGCAUAAAGCCGGUGGCGGGUUAAUUGGGCGCAAGGGGAACAUGGGGAAGACGGAGACAAUGAUGUGUGCGGUGUACGGCUGGUCGGAAGAGAUGGUCUUUUCUGGAACGUGCACAGGAGACAUUUGCAUUUGGAGAGACAUGUUUCUGAUGAAGACUGUUAAGGCUCAUGACGGCCCUGUUUUCAGUAUGCAUGCACUGGAAAAGGGAUUCGUAACGGGUGGGAAGGACGGCGUUGUCGCUUUGUGGGAUGACACUUUUGAGAGAUGCCUAAAGACGUAUGCCAUUAAGAGGGCCGUGCUAGCUCCAGGCUCUAAAGGGUUGCUUUUGGAAGAUAACCCAUCCAUACGUGCCAUAUCUCUGGGCCAUGGACACAUCUUGGUGGGAACAAAGAAUGGAGAGAUUCUGGAGGUGGACAAGAGUGGCCCUAUUACACUGCUGGUUCAGGGUCACAUGGAAGGUGAAGUGUGGGGCCUGGCCACUCAUCCCCAUCUCCCGCUCUGUGCCACAGUCAGCGAUGACAAAACCCUACGCAUAUGGGACCUCUCUCCUAGCCACUGCAUGCUGGCCGUACGCAAACUCAGGAAAGGGGGCCGCUGCUGCUGCUUUUCCCCUGACGGAAAAGCUCUGGCCGUGGGUCUGAAUGACGGCAGCUUCCUCAUCGUGAAUGCGGAUACCCUGGAAGACCUGGUGUCCUUCCACCACCGCAAGGACAUUAUCACUGAAAUCAGAUUCUCACCAGGCAUUGGAAAGUACCUCGCCGUAGCAUCUGCAGACACAUUUGUGGAUAUUUACAAUGUGAUGAGCAGCAAACGGGUUGGAGUUUGUAAAGGAUGUCAUAAUUACAUCACCCAUCUUGACUGGGAUAAGAGAGGAAAACUAUUACAAGUCAAUACAAGUGCUAAGGAGCAGUUCUUUUUCGAAGCACCUCGUGGCAAGAGACAGACCAUCCCACCUACAGAAGUGGAGAAGGUUGACUGGAGUACAUGGACGUGUGUCCUGGGACCAUCUGUUGAGGGCAUCUGGCCUGUGAUCAGUGAGGUCACUGAGGUGACCUCUGCCUGCCUUAGUAAUGACCGAAAGGUGCUAGCCACAGGAGAUGACUUAGGAUAUGUCAAGCUCUUCAGAUAUUCCGUCAAGGGCAAGUAUGCAAAGUUCAAACGUUAUGUGGCCCACAGUACACAUGUUACCAAUGUGCGGUGGAGCCAUGACGACAGCCUUCUGGUGACAGUGGGCGGGUCCGACACGUGCCUCAUGAUCUGGGCCCAUGAGCCUGAGGGCCAUCGGGAGAUCCGACAGUGUGACAGUGAGGAGUCUGACAUAGACAGUGAGGAUGAUGGAGGUUAUGACAGUGAUGUGACAAGAGAAAAUGAGAUCAACUACACCAUCAAGGCCUUAUCUACUAAUAUGCGACCAAUGACUGGUGUGAAACCUCACCUGCAGCUCAAAGAACCCACAGUCGAUGAAAGACAAGGUGUGGUCAGUGUCUGAGGUUGAGUGCAUGAUCCAUCAGUCACUCAUGAACCCCAAGUAAGAAAAUAUUGUCUAACUUUUGUGCUCUGUUUGUUUGUGCUGCCUUGAAGGGGAUCGAGGUAAGUGUUUUUCUCCUCACCACAGUCUCAUCACAUGAUCUGAUUGUCAUGUACUUUCUUUAUUAAUUUAUAGACUUCCCUUUAUUUGUAUACAGUGUACAUUAUUAUUUAGAAGGCUAUGUUGUUUGUGUGUUAAAUGAAUAAUUUAUUACUACAGUAUAUUAAAGGUGCAAUGUGUAACUUUUUUCUGGUGGUGGCCCAUCACCUGCUUAUCUUCAUAGAUUAUUGGUUUUUGAAUGCUCUAAUAUACGGCAUUUAUCUUGUAUUUAUUCAAUGUUUUAUAGCUAAAA